AUGCGCUACCAGCCAAGGGCAAACAUGCCCUCCUCCCCUCAACGCCCGAAACCGGGAUCGGCAACCGCCAAGCAACAGGAGUUGAGAAAGCUCCCGAGGCGAGAGCACAAGCGCCGCACCUCUCCCCAGCCCGAUCCGACAGGAAAUGGCGGCCCGCGUAAUGGCGACUACGUGCUACUAGGCGGAGCCGAGCGCGGACCCCCUCCCCCACCCACCACGCGGUCCCGAGACCUCGUCCCCCGCACCCUCCCCCCACCGCGGGAGACAAAGCAACGAAGGCAGCCCCGACCGUUCCAGCUCGCCCGUUCCAGAGUCAGGCCCGGAGCGCCCAAGUGCGGCGGGCCCCAUACAAAGAGAACGGCGGCGUUCUCUACCGCCCCCCGGCUCCCUCUCCUUCCCACACAAGGCCUAGUUCCCAUCACAACAAAACUCAUCCCACCGGCACAAGCCUCGCGACUCUCCGAAGCCUCUAGUGCCACAACGCGGACUGCAUAUAUACGCUCAGGGAAAUGGCGGAGGUGGGGGGAGGGGAAACCCGGCAACGUUCCCUCCCAGAACCCGCCAACCAUCACCAAGCCCCCAAACGCCUUCCCCGAAGUGGAGAAAGUACUCUCCGGCCCUCACCCCCACGCGCCGUUUGCCCAGGCUCAUUCCUCACCCGGCAAGGGUACCGUCCCUAUGCCGCCGCGCCUCCUCAGCCGGUCACAGCUAGACAGAGAACAAGCGUAG